AUGGCUGGACCACUUUCAAUAGGUGCUACUGUUGCAAGAACAUUAUCAUUACUUUAUAAAAUUCAAAUAGUAGUAAACAUUAGUAAUGAUCCUGCUCCAGGAUAUAAUAUAGAACAAUUAGAUAAGAAAGGUAAAAAUUAUAUAAUUGAUACACCAUAUGUUGUGAAAGGAAUGGAUAUGAGUUUUAGUGGUUUAUUAACAUUUGUAGGAGAGGUCUUUAAUUCAUUUUUAUAAGCUCAUUUACCUGAAGUAGAAGGGAAUGAGAAACCUAAAAGUUAGAAUACAUAAUUAGAAAAAAAAGUUAAUCCAUUUGUCACUUAAAGAUUUAGAACUGAUGAAAUUAUUAAGGAUGGAGAAAUGAUUGAUAUAUAUAUUUAAUAAAAAUGA